AUGGGGAUCGUCUACUCGGUCUCUCUGUCCAGCGUGUUCGGAUGGAUCUACCUGCUGGCUCUCAUGUCGGUGGUGACCGACAUCCCGUACCUGCUGGACACUGGCAACGACGCCGGCGGGUACGCCAUUGCUCAGGCCCUGUACGCCACCUUCCACCGGAGGUACGACACCGGCGCCGACGGCAUCGCCUGCUUGGUCAUCAUCGUCGUCGCCGUCUUCCUCUGCGGCACCGCCUGCGUCACCAGCAACUCCAGGAUGGGCUAUGCCUUCUCCAGGGAUGGGGUGGCCCUCGUCACCGUGCUCUUCUGCCUGCCGGUGGCGUACCCCGUCACCAAGGAGACAUUGAACUACACGUUGGUGGCCGUCGGCGGCGUGCUGGUGCUCAGCCUCGCCGCGUGGGUGCUCCACGCCCGGUUCUGGUUUCGAGGGCCUAUCACAAACGUCCUCCUCUUCCAACAUACUCCGUCCUCUACCCAGCCGCAGCCGCCGCUGCAGUACCACCCUGCGUGCUUCUUCCAGCCCCAUCGUCAUCGUCUGGGUCGGGGAGGCGGGCGGUGGAGCACGAGCGGUGGCCGCGGAGUCCGGCGUGGUCGCGCCCGCCGUCGGACAGCGGCGGACGUCGCAGGCGCAGGAGCAGCUCCUCCUCGUGCCGCAUCGGCGCCACCACAGUCGUCCACCGUCGCACUCGGAGGUGAGGUGUCACGUCGCGGCCGGCCGGCCGGACGCCGACGACGGAGCGCCCGUGCCCGCCCCCGUCCCCACUCCGAGCUCCAGCAGCGCCUUGACGACGUCGCGGCCACAGUGCUGGACGGCGUAGUGCAUGGCGAGCACGUCAUCGAGGUCCAGCCCUUCGCCCAUGACCAUCAGCUUGACGAGCUCGAGGUCGGCCGCGUCCAGCGCGCGCUUCAUGCGCCGGAUCCUGUGGUCGCGGUUGGCCGCUGA